CCGUUACGUCAUCAUUGAAGAAAACAAACAAAAAUAUCAUAAAAAAUCGCCGUUAUAACUUUUUUUCCUUCACAAAUUUUCAUUUUCACCACCCAAAUUUAAACUUUUUUAAGGAAAGAGAAUAAAAAGAAAAAUCUCUACGCGUGUAUAUAUAGAAUUAUAGACAUAUAUAAGUUUAUUCGUUGGUAAUGUUUCUAGGGAUGAUCGACAUGCAACGAUGAAAUCAUCGUCAUCGAUUUUUCGUGAAACUUCAGAGAAAAAAUCAGAGAGAUGGAUGAUGAUGAACAUUGGAAGAUUUUCUCCAUUUUUCUUGUCUUCCUUUUGUAUAACUCUUUUCUUCACCGGUUUCUUUGUUUAUCAGAAUCCUUUUAAAUCCAUCGCUGAUCAAAAUGUUCUUUCUUUCCAACCUCAAAUCGAUCCUGAGUGUGAUUUGUUCAAGGGACAUUGGGUUCCAGACAAAAGAGGAUCUUUAUACACAAACUCGAGCUGUGCUACGAUUCCCGACUCGAAGAACUGCAUAAAACAAGGGAGACCCGACAAAGAUUUCUUGUUCUGGAGAUGGAAACCCGAUGGUUGCGAUCUUCCGAGGUUUAAUCCAAAGGCGUUUCUCAGUAUGGUUCGAGGGAAGAAGAUGAAUUUUAUUGGUGAUUCUGUGGCUAGGAACCAUAUGGAAUCUCUUCUUUGCUUGUUGUCAAUGGAAGAAACUCCUAAGGACAUCUACAAGGAUGGAGAAGAUAGAAACAGGAUUUGGUACUUUCCGAAGCACGAUUUUACUCUCUCGACCUCGUGGACUAAGUUUCUUGUGGAGGAACGAGAGAGAAGAGAUAGUAACAAUACAGGUACUGGAUUGUUUGAUCUAGAUAUCGGCAAGAUCGAUGAAGGGUGGUUUAAUGGUCUACCGAAUACAGACAUUGCUAUUGUCUCGGCUGCUCAUUGGUUCUUCAGACCUAUAUUUAUACAUAGAGGAGAUGAGACACUGGGUUGCAUUUACUGUAACUUACCAAACAUGACUCAGAUUAGCCCGGAAGAAGGGUUUAAGCUUGUUUACUCAGCUGUCCUUAGGCAAAUCAAUGAGUGUGAGAUGUGUAAGAAAGAUUUAGUGACGGUACUGAGGACUAUUUCACCUGCGCAUUUCGAGAAUGGGACUUGGGACACCGGAGGAACUUGCAGCAGGACGAGUCCUUUCGGAGAAAACAAAAUUGACCUGCAGAGCAAUGAGAUGAAGAUCAGGAAAUCUCAGAUUGAACAGCUUGAAGGUAUAACAAAACGAGGCAACAAAGCAAAGAAGUUUGCGGUAUUGGAUGUGACAAGGGUUAUGCAGAUGAGACCUGAUGGGCAUCCCAAUGGUUACUGGGGAAAUAAAUGGAUGAAAGGUUAUAAUGAUUGCGUGCAUUGGUGUUUGCCCGGGCCAAUCGAUGCGUGGAACGACUUUUUAAUGGCGAUAAUUAGACAGUUAAGAUGAUAUGAUUUGUGGAUAUAAACAUUCUUUUACCUUUCUUCUUUUCAAGCAUAUUACUGAUAUGAUUCUUUUAUCAAUGAUACACAAUUCAUCAAUAGAAUACAAAACUUUCGUUUACCUC